AUGGCUUCGCCCUGUAGGAAGAUGGCAAGUCGGUCUCUCUUACAGUUCGUAACUUGUUUCGGGAGGACAGCGGUCGGGAGUUCGGUAUUCCGUCAGUUCUCCGGUAGUUCUGUGUGUCGGGCGACUUUACAGACGAAUGUUUUAACGGAAAGAACGACUUCGCCGUGGAGUUUGAUGGCGGCGGUGUGUCUGCAGAGGCUGCCGGUCAUCUCAGCGGACUGCAGCCCGAUCGAGCAGCAGUUCAACACCAUGAUGCAGCAGUUGGAGCUGGAGAAAAGCAUGCUGGCCGACCACGAGCUGCGACUGCUGGAGGAGGCCGAGAGGAUGAGCCGCAAGCAGGCAGGUGACUACGACUCAGACGAAGAGGACGACCCCCGGCACCAAGACACCGUGCUGGGUCAGGACCUGGAAGACGCCUGGGAGCAGAAAUUCAAGAACUUCCAGCCUGCGCCCAGGAUCAGAGAUGACGUGGAUAAGGACUUGACCUCAGUGGAGCGCUGCCUGGCCGACUCGCUGGUUCUCUUGGCCAAGCAGCAGGUGGGCGGCUCAGAGCUGUGGCUGCUACCUCAGACUCAGUGGCAGGAAGGAGAAACCCUGCGGCAGACGGCCGAGAGAGCCCUCGCCUCCCUGCCAGGAGCCGAUUUUAAGGCUACUUUCCUCGGGAACGCCCCCUGCGGAGUGUACAAGUACAAACUGCCCAAACCUGCUCGGACGGAAGGAUCCAUCGGGGCAAAGGUAUUCUUCUUCAAAGCCAUUCUGUCCGACAGCGGCCUCGCAGCUGCUCCAGAUGCUCGUUUUCUGUGGGCGAAGAAAAAAGAACUGCAGCGAUACCUGAAACCAGCGUACAUGAUGAAGGUAGACCGCUUCGUCCUCGGCCUGUGAAGCCCAAACUUCAAAACAGGGACACUGACUUACAGAAUAAUAUUUAUGAGGCCCAGAAAGUUCAUUUAUCUGCUGUCUUGUGUCAUGCAAUGUUCUUCCCUUCAGCCUAUGUAUGUUUCAUUGUAUAAAUAAAUUGUUUUC